AUGCAACAUAAGCUAAUUCCUUUGCUGGUUCUCUUCAUCGCAGGACAUCUUUGCCGCACAUUCUCUGCGGCUUUUCGCCAAGAGCUGGGAAAGAUGGCUGACACAGUUUACCAAUCUCUUAAAGGAGAGGUUCCACAAGCUCUUGCUCCGAAUCCCGGGCCUGUCAAACGGUCCGGCCACUUCUCAACGAUUCUUGAGCAGGUGCUGGACGGGUUGGAUGCUGGAGAUACUUCUCUACAACCACACGUCGUUCAUAUCACUGAGGAAUUUGUGACGAUUCAUGAUGGCUACCCAAAGGCGGCAGUCCACUUACUUGUUUUGCCUCGCAGAGUUCGCAUCGCGGCCCUUGAGAAGUUGACCCACGAACAUUUGCCGCUGCUGAUGCGUUUAUCAGCGUAUGUGGCAUGGUUGAUGGAGCAGGUGGAAGGCAAACCUGGAGAUCCCGGAGUUGGCUGGACGCAUGGGCUUCAUUCUGUUCCCUCCCUCAGACAACUGCACGUGCAUGUGCUUUCAAUGGACUUUGAAUCGCCCUGCAUGAAGAAAGCGAAGCACUUCAGUUCUUUUCUUCCGCCCUUCCUAGUGUCCCUUGACACUGUGGUUGCCCGUAUGCAAGAGGGUGGCUUCUCCCACAGGUCAUUGCAGGAAUUGGAAGAUGCCAUGAACAAGCGGAGACUAUGCUGCCAUCGUUGUGGGGUGGACUUUGGCCGUGGCUUUGCAGAGUUGAAGAGGCAUUUGAGCUCGUGCAGCGCCACGCCCAAGACUUUCUGGCCAAUGCCGAGGCUUUGGCGAGAUCAGCGAGGUUGCAAGCGGUCAAUCGAAAGCGAAAGCUGUGAUGAUGGUGCUGUCAUCGACCUGACCUAG